AUGGGGCACUGCCAGGGUCCUGCUGCUGGCUCUCCCACUGUCAAAGCGAUCCUGGAGAACCACGUCCUGACCCUGAUGUCCAUGGCUGCUCACAUCUACAAGCACCCUAGCCUGAAAAACUCCAUCAACCUGGUGGUGGUGAAGGUGCUGGUGGUGGAGGAGGCAGCAGCGGGGCCAGAGGUGUCAGACAAUGGAGGCCUUACCCUGAGGAACUUCUGCAGUUGGCAGCAAAGGUUCAACCCACUGAGCGACCGGCACCCAGAGCACUAUGACACGGCCAUCCUGCUCACCAGACAGGACUUCUGUGGACACCAAAGCUGCGACACGCUGGGAGUGGCAGAUAUUGGUACCAUGUGCGACCGCAACAAGAGCUGCUCGGUGAUCGAGGACGAGGGCCUGCAGGCAGCCUACACCCUGGCUCAUGAACUGGGCCAUGUGCUCAGCAUGCCCCAUGAUGACUCCAAGAACUGCGAGCGGCUCUUUGGACCUCUUGGUGAGCACCAUAUGAUGGCUGCUCUCUUCAUCCACUUGAACAAGACCCAGCCCUGGUCUCCCUGCAGCGCCAUGUACCUCACCGAGUUCCUGGAUGGAGGGCAUGGUGACUGCCUGCUGGACGCCCCAGCUGAGGCCCUGUCCCUGCCUGCCGAGCUGCCCGGUCAAAGAGCCCUGUACAGCCUGGACCAGCAAUGCCAGCAGAUCUUCGGGAAGGACUUCCAGCACUGCCCCAACACCACAGAGCAGGACAUCUGUGCCCAGCUCUGGUGCAGGACGGGCAGUGGGGAGCCCCUCUGCCACACCAAGAACGGCAGCUUGCCCUGGGCCGACGGGACGCCCUGCAAAGCCAACGGGCUGUGCUGGGACGGGCGCUGUGUGCCACAGGAUGCCCUGAAACCCCAGCUGGCAGUGGAUGGCAGCUGGGGCCCCUGGAGCCCCUGGGGCUCCUGCUCGCGGAGCUGCGGUGGAGGCGUCCAGUUCUCCCACCGGCACUGCGACAGCCCCAAGCCCCAGCAUGGUGGGAGCUACUGCGAGGGCCAGAGGACCAAGUACCAGUCCUGCCACACUGAGGAGUGCCCACCAGAUGGGAAGAGCUUUCGGGAGCAGCAGUGUGAGAAGUACAACAGCUACAAUUUCACGGAUCUGGAAGGGAAUCGCCUGGAGUGGGUUCCCAAGUAUGCAGGAGUGUCCCCUCGGGACCGGUGCAAGCUCUUCUGCAGAGCCCGAGGGAGGAGCGAGUUCAAAGUCUUUGAGGCCAAAGUGAUUGAUGGGACGCUGUGUGGCCCGGAGACCCUCUCCAUCUGUGUCCACGGGCAGUGCAUCAAGGCUGGUUGUGAUCACAUCGUUGGGUCCUCCAAGAAGCUGGACAAGUGUGGGGUGUGUGGUGGUAAUGGCUCCACGUGCAGGAAAAUAUCUGGCUCGCUCAACAGAUCCAAAUAUGGCUACAACGACAUCGUCACCAUCCCAGCCGGAGCCACCAACAUCGACAUCAAGCAGCGCAGCCACCGCGGGGUCCGGCACGAUGGGAAUUACCUGGCCCUGAGGACCCUUGAGGGCAAGUACCUGCUGAACGGAGACUUUGCCAUCUCAGCCAUGGAGCAGGACAUCCUCAUUAAGGGAACCAUCCUGAAAUACAGCGGCUCCAUGACAACCCUGGAGAGGCUGCAGAGCUUCCGACAGCUCCCGGAGCCCUUGACUGUGCAGCUGCUGACCAUCGCCAGUGAGGUCUUCCCACCAAAAGUCAAGUACACCUUCUUCAUCCCCAAGGACAUACCAUUCAGCAAGCAGAAGGGCAAAGAGAAGAAGUCGCCCAAUGUCAUCCGCCCUAUGCUGAACUCCCAGUGGAUCCUGGGUGACUGGUCCGAGUGCUCCAAGACAUGCGGCUCUGGCUGGCAGCGGCGGACAGUGGAUUGCCGGGAUGUGGAGGGUCAAACCUCCUCCACCUGUGACAAAUCCCUCAAACCUGAGGACAUAAAGCCCUGUGGAGACAUGCCAUGCCCUCUCUGGCGCCUGGGCCCCUGGUCUCCCUGCUCCCAAACUUGUGGUGAGGGUGUGCGGACGCGGAAUGCCUCUUGCAUCGAUUACACCGGGAAAAUCACUGCCCCGGAGAAAUGCAGCUCUCCAGGGCCACCACCAGCCACAGCCGCCUGUGUCCUGCAGCAGUGCUGAGCCACGCCAGAAUUCGCGGAGCCAAGGAUGCCGCGGGAUCCCACCAUGCCAGGGCAGGACAGCAAGGGUGCCGUAGGCUUGCUUACCAGACAACCAACCACUCUCCAGUGGUUCAUCCUCACCCCAUUGAUGUCUACCUCAGAGUGAGGAAUAAUGGCGGCAAAAUGAGGAGGAAUCACUUCUUUUUCUUUCUUUCUUCCUUUCUCUCUGGCUGGCUGCUCACAGGCAAGUUGUAAUUUAAAGGGAAAAAUAAGCAUAGGGUGUUUCCGAAGAGCUGUGGCUGAACGUCGUUGCAGAUUCCUUUUGGGAGGUUCACUGGGAGAAAAUGUGGAGUCCGGGUUUGCCAUCACCCUGUCCCAGCUGCAGGUCAAGGAGAUCCAGGGUGGGUGGCUUUGCUGAUAAAAUUGGGAUCCCUGUGCAAAAGGUGUGGAAUGGGUUGCCGUCCCCUCCCUGCAGCAGCAUGGGUGUCCUUGAGCGUGAGAAGUGUUUUAUCAGCUGUGUGUUAACUUGGGAGAUAAAUUGCUUGUUUGGAUGGGAGCAGGAAUAAGCUGAGGACGAGAUCAUGGCAUGAGUGAGGCAGGAGAACAGGUGAGGUGUUCGUGGUGGUUUCUGCUAAAUUUAUAAUCCACAAACUGACAAACCUCUUCUCCGAACACCCCCAACAUCUGCAGAGUUAUUCCUAGAGCUGCUACCCCAUCCAUGUCCCCAUUUCCCCAGCUUUAAAACCAAGGCUUAAUUACACCUGAUCUGGCUUACAGGGUUGCUGUGAGGAUUAAUUAAUUGCUAAUUCUGCAGUGCUCUGACUGUGAAAUGCCCAUUGCAAUAUCCCACUCCUUCUCUGGAGCGGACACUCUGGUGUACCAGCCUUUCCUCUCUCAUCCUUUGCUUUCAGGCCCCUGCAGACUCAUUUUUUUUCAUCUCUGCUUGAAUUUUGGAGUUAAUUUGCUAACCUGGCUUGCAGCAGGAUAAGCCCAGGACCUGUAGAGGUCCUUGCCCAGGACCUUGCCAGAGGUCACUGAUGCCACUCUCCACCUCUGCUUUCCCGGGAUAUUGAAGUUGCUCGGAUCUGAUGCCAGCUCCAGCCUUCCUUGAGCAAUUCU